AAAGCCUUAUUCACACCAGGUCAGAUUGCAGAUAUUUGCGGCCCACAUCCGUACCAGCGCUGUUUUGGCCUCGAAUCGGUGUUAACACCAACCACAUGAAGGAAAGGGCGACCUUGGGCAGCUCUGGCUUUUCUGCACCUUCAAUCACAAGUUCUGGCGUCCGAGUUCACCGGAUUUGUUGAGCCCAAGAGUUUUCAAACUUGAAUCAAAGCUUUUUCAAUGAGAAGGAGGUGAACUUGCAAGUUCUGUGAGCUAGAGUCGCUCAAACUCAGAGGUCAUUUUAUGUUUGAGGAGUUGCUGUGUCCAUAAUGGCAGCCUUUCUUUUGAGAAACAGCUGUCGUCUCCGCUUGCAGAUGCUCACCGGGCUGCCAGGUGGAUUUUUUGCAUUACAUUGCAAGGCCUUUGGUCUGAGGAGCUUUUCAGACGAUGCAGCUGUCAAGAAGAACAAGACAGCCAAUGUGAUGCUGCCUGAGUCGCCUGGGAAGGAGGAGCCUCGACAACAUGCAGCAAGCACGGGGUCUUCUCAGAGCUGGACAGUGUCUGGUCAUGGGCUUUCGGAGGACCAGAAAGACUUUCUGCAGGUGGCACAAGAGUUUGCACAGAAGGAGUUGAUGCCAUUUGCUGCAAAGUGGGAUGAAGAGAAGUACUUCCCGAUUGAGACGCUGCGGAAAGCUGCGGGCCUUGGGUUUGGGGGCAUCUACUGCCGCGACGACGUUGGUGGCGCUGGGAUUGGUCGGGCAGACGCUGCAGUCAUCUUUGAAGCUCUUGCAUACGCGGACGUCUCAACAACAGCCUACCUGACAAUCCACAACAUGGUCUGCAACAUGAUAGACAAGUUUGGCGACGAAGACCAGAGGCAGAAGUGGCUGCCUAGACUGACUUCCAUGGAGCUUCUCUCAUCAUACUGCUUGACGGAGCCGGGAAGCGGCAGUGAUGCUGCCUCCUUGACGACACAUGCGAAGGCAGUGAACAAUGGGUCGGAGUACGUUCUCAAUGGAGCAAAGGCAUUCAUCAGCGGAGGCGGCGUUAGCGACAUCUACCUUGUUAUGGCGCGGACUGGGGAGGAGGGGGCAAAGGGAAUCACUUGCUUCCUGGUUGAGAAGGGCACACCCGGCCUUUCGUUUGGAAAGCAGGAGUCUAAGCUCGGGUGGAACUCGCAGCCAACAUCGUCGGUGAUGUUGGACGACGUGCGGGUGCCGCGGGAGCACGUCAUCGGCCAGCUGGGCGAGGGCUUCAAGAUCGCCAUGGCCGGCCUGGACGGCGGCCGCAUCAACAUCGCCACCUGCAGUGUGGGCGGGGCGCAGUUCUGCCUCGACACGGCAAAAGAGUACGUGUCCAGUAGAAAGCAGUUUGGGAAGCCCAUCGGUGCCUUUCAGCAUACACAAUUCAAGCUUGCGGACAUGGCUACCUCGCUCGAGGCUUCCCGGUUGCUUAUCCGGAAUGCGGCGACAGCCAUGGACGCGAAGGCUCCCUGGGCGGGCGCAGCAGCGGCCAUGGCAAAGCGGUUUGCGACCGAUUCUUGCUACGACAUAUGUAAUCAAGCACUCCAGUUGCAUGGUGGCUACGGCUAUCUGAAAGAUUACCCGAUUGAGAGAUAUGUGCGGGAUCUGCGGGUCCACACGAUUCUGGAGGGCACGAACGAGAUCAUGAGGGUAAUUAUCUCAAGACAGCUCAUGCAACAUUGAGGGUUUACACACUUUUGUUGCUCUAAGGCCUCAAUUGCUUUCAGUGAGACUCGUAGGUUGUAGCAUGUAAAUAACCAUUCGUGCAAGAGGAAUUCACGUUCACUGUGUCUUAACUUGUGAACAUUACGGCAUCAUACUUGCGAUGAGCUGUAAACUAUGAAAGGGCUGCUCUUAUCGUAACGGUUGAAUUCAUAGUAUACAAUUGAACGAGUUAGAUUCAUUGAACCCGUGUGCAUAUCAAGCACGCCUAAGUUGCAUGAGAAGAACAUUCCGGCGUACCUAUCCAUAGAAACUUUCCCGGCU